AUGGCUGUCUAAACAGGGAAAACAGUUUCCUUUUGUUUUAGCCUCAUGUCAUGUAGUUGAGAGAAAUGAAGGAUUUGAUCCAGCAGUUAAAAUGAAGAGGCAGCUAUUUUAAAGGGAGCUCUCUGGAGGAUUUGGUUGCUGCUGGUUGGGGAGGUGGCAGCAAUAGAAUGGGGAGAGUCACAAUCAAAUCAUUGCAAUUAGUAGAAGAAGCACAGGAGACUAGUGCCCCCCAGUGUUUGCUUGAUAUAUGUUUAGUGUUUGUAUGCUGCUGUGAAAUAAUCAGAUUCAAAACUAUCUGAGUAGAUUUUUUUUUUUUAUGAUGUGCACUGAUCCAGUAAAUUUGGAAUUUAGUUUUGACCGCAUGAAAACCUCAACUUUAACUGCUGAUACAAUCAUUUAUAAAUCAUUUGUAUGUGUCCUCUGCAGUUUCAGUCAGAGUUGCUGAUAGUUAGAACAUGAGGCACGAGGUCUAUCGGCCUCUUUGGUUGAUCAUCCAUAACAUCAGAAGAGGCUGGAAUGCCAUCUAGAGGUUAGGUAGCUAUAGUGUUAUGUACUGUGGUGGAAGAAGUAGUAGUUUUAACUUUAUUUACAGUAUAGGUACUGUAGUUUAGUCCAGUGUUUUCCAACCUCGGGGUCUGGCCCCUCCAAAGCCUCACAAGAUAAAUCUAAGGGGGUUGUGAGAUGAUUAAUAUGGGAGGAAAUAAGUUCUGCUACACAAAUUUGUAUUUAUUUGUCGCACUUGUCUCAAAUGUUUUCUAAGAUUUUUUUUACCGUGAUAUUUUGGACAAUUUUACCUCUUUGGACCUCAAACCCUUAUUGAAUUGAAACUAUGUGAGAGGUUUGAGGGGAAAUGUCUCUUUAGUGGAACUGCUAAUAACCCAUAGACAUCUGAAACAUAAUAAAGACACUGUUUUUUGUAAGAGGUUGUUGAAAGAAGUAAGAGGUUUGUGAAUGCGUGGUUCAUAUUAUUUUUUUUAUGUGAACUCUUAAUUUGCAAAGUAACUAACUAUAGAUGUCAAACUAUUGUAGUAGAGUAAAAACUACAGUCUUUCCCUAUGAGAUGUGAAGUAGAAUUAUAAAGUAGCAUAAAGUAAAGUGAAGUACCUCAAAACUGGAGUAAGUGUAGAUAGUUACUUUCCACCACUGGUUAUGUAUCUGAGGCAUAGUCACUUUAAAAUAUCAUAUUAAUACACUGAAUGUUUAGUUCAAUCAAAUCAGGGCUAAGACUCAACAUUGAAUCAAUGCUAAGAAGUGGAAAUUACAAUUUUACUGAGCUAUGUUUUGUUUCAAAGAAAAAUGAAAUGGAUCCAUCCUGGACUAGUUUCUCAUUCAUGGAUGAGGUCUUCAUUAUAUGCCUUUCAGUGGCGAUUCUCCAUGGAGAAGCAUUAAGACUGUAUUGACCUACAUUACUUCACGUAUUUUUGGCGUACAGUAUGUCUUAAAGCUAUUCUUCCUCGCUGUGACUCAAUAUCCAUAAUCCCUUUUGCGUCUGUUGGAUUGAUGGCGUACAUCAUUUAUUUGUCUCUCCGUCACUGAAUGGUUUCCAUGGGCAGGUUGUUAUCAAUGUGUAACCAAGGUGAGUCAGGGAGGUUACGUGACUCCCAGGAUUCCACAGGCUGCCAUUUGCCUUUCUGUACAAUACAGGAUGAGAUGUUACAGGCUUCUCACACACAGCAGGCUAAUGAUAGAUCAUUACAGGAAAUAGAAAUUUGAAACAUACCUUUGUUAAAGUGUGUGAAAGCACCAGUAUCAACUUGUUCUUAAGGCUCAUGUGGAUCAAUAUUGCUGAAAGAAAAAAAAGGUGAAGACACAAUUUACUCUGACAAAGUGCCAGCCUGGUUGGUUUAAUGACAUUUUAAGAACUUCAUCUGAAUAUCCCAUUGGACCUAAUGAGGGAUACAUCCUUUUCCCCUGGAGCUUAAGUCCUAUCUCUGUGGGAACCGACUGAUAGCAGGUAGACUUUGCCCUGAAGGGGAACCAACACUACAGGAAGGGCAAGCAGAGCAGUUUCCUGGCCGUCACAGCAGAGUUGAUGAAAAGAUCAAACUUUUGGUGGAAUGGACAAGACUAAUGGCAGCAGCAAUGGUGGUUAUGAACCUCAUCCCCCUCCGUACAAUACUCAGGACUACGGACAGAGUUCUUACACAGGGAUGAGCUAUCAGGUGGGGAAGGGGAACGUUGCAGUGGUCUCCCCUCCUGGCACCUAUGAUAACAUGGUCCAUCCUGAGGGCAUGGCAGCAGCUGGAGGCGACCAUGAGUAUGGUCAAGCUCCACCUGACUACUGUCACGGUUUAGAGGACAGCAGCUUCAGCGACGCUGCCAUACGAAGAGGCUUCAUAAGGAAAGUCUACUUGACUUUGAUGAUUCAGCUGCUGGUGACGGUCGGGAUCAUCUGUUCUUUUCUUUACUGGGACACUCUCAGGAAAUGGACAUGGGCCAACUACUGGUUCUCCUACGCCAUGAUGGCGGCGGUGAUGGUGCUCAUCGUGGCCUUGUCCUGCUGUGGCAACCUCCGUCGUCAAGUCCCCCUCAAUUUCAUCGCCCUGGGCCUGUUUACUAUUGCAGAGGGCCUGAUGCUUGGAUCUGUGGCAGCGUACUUUGAUGCAGAAGCAGUUCUGUGGGCUGUGGGAGCAACAGCGCUGGUGUCCUUCGCCUUGACCCUGUUUGCUCUGCAGUCAAAGUGGGACUUCACCAGAGUAAAUGGGAGCCUGUGGGUGUUUGCCUGGACCCUCUUUUCAUUUGCAUUGCUGUGUGCAAUCCUCCGAUCGCAGUAUCUUUACAUCUUGUACGCCUGCCUGGGAACCUUGCUGUUUUCUUUAUACUUGGUGUUUGAUACCCAGCUUAUCCUGGGUGGGAAACACAGGAAGUAUGAAGUCUCUCCUGAGGAGUAUGUGUUUGCUGCUCUCAACCUCUAUUUGGACAUUGUCACCCUGUUCCUCCUGCUGCUGCAGCUCAUCGGCCUAUGCCGCUAACUCUGAACCUCGCUGACAGGCCUCCCUAAAGAAACACUGAAACGCUCGUCAAGAACAUUAUGUAUUUAGGUUCAUAUGGGAUGAAGAUUCACAACCCCCUGUUAGUACUCCAGACAUCUGCUGUCAUAUUUAAUUAGGCAGGGAUCUGUACAGGUUUGUUUUAAAGUCACGUGUCAGGGUUUAUGUUACUGCGAUAGGCUGUGUGCUACAUUUGGGACUUUUAUACUGCACCAGCAUGCAUUUCUACCUAGAACUUCCAAUUUAAUGUGCUUAAUAUUUGUUUCUAUGAAUAUGACAAUUUAUUAUCAGUCUUCUGUAGGAAGAAACUGAAACUUUAAGGCAAAUAGAAAGUGCCAAAUCAAUUCAGGUAGUAACUUAUGAUAUAAGCCAAAGUAGUUCAGCCAUCAUGUAAUCUGUGCCACAUUUGCAAAAGUUUAAGCGAAGCUUAAAUAUGCCUUUGGAUAUCAAACUAAACUACAUUAAAAGGACAGAAUAUGUCCGUGUUAGCCAAAAUCUGAUGUUCACUCAGAAUGUAUAUAGUAUAUAUCUCUAUGACCAAUUUAUUAAAAAAAAAAACACACAAAUUAAAACUCAACACGUAGUUUAUUGGCAUCACACAUCAAACAUUUUUCAUAUAAAGAGGGAAUGUAUCAAGUAUAGACUAUGAAAGUGCAAAUAGCAUUUCAAGGAUUAGUUGCUUUACAAUAGAAAAUCUCAGUGAGUUACAAAAUGUUAUAUGCCAUUUUAAAAUAAAUCACUUGAUCAUUAGAGGUGAAAUACAAAGGAAGUACAAAUUCCAUUUAGACUUGUACCCAUUUCAUGCACAGCAUACUGUCACACAAAAAGGGCGAUCUCUUCUGUUAAAUCCACUUCCAUUAACCAAAUCCAACAAAGUUAGCUGCACUAACCAUAUGGCACUUAGUUUCAGAACUUCAAGACUCUAUGUUUAGAUUUAAUGUGGCUCUAUACAGGGGGAAAAAUAAAGUAAUUUUCUUCAGUCAGACAUUAGUCUGUACAAAAACACAAUUAAGUCUUAAAGGUAAAACACUGCUGAUCAAUGUGUCAUAUUGGUUAUUCACAAUCCAUUUUUGUCAAUGAAUUCAAUUGAUUUCAAAUAAAUACCUACUUUAUAUUGCAA